AUGGCUUCAACGUUCACCUCCGGCAGUCUCCGGUCUGCGCAACCACAAAGGCCCACGAUGGCCAGCACAACGACUCUCAUCCUAUCGCUUUUCUCUGCGAUUCUUCCUUUUGCAUCGCCUGUCGCUGGGCAAUCUUUUCCAUACGUUCCUACAGAGAUCCUCAUGCCCGAUCCUACAUGUGUCGACGGCAGCGUACCAUGCAGUGCUUCAGAUCUAGCAUUUGUCUUCCGGCAAACAGCCUCAGGCAAGGUCGAAUUUCGAUCCCUCAACUUCUCUGCCAGUGUCGAUGCAGACGAUAUCAGCCUCGACCGACCCGCGGGCAGCACGACACUGCCCUUUCUUGACGACGAGCCUAAGAGCACAGCAUUUGGCGCUGCGAGAACGGCGAACGGUUCACUUCUGGUGUAUGCAGGCGACUGCAAAACUGGUGUCAGCGAUGUAUGGAGCUUUGACUACGAAGAUGGAGGUGAUUGGUAUCGACGAGGUCUCAAGAAUGGCAACGAGCGUCGUGCGCCUUACUUCCUCGGCGGUACGGUUGCCUUCUCUUCUAGUCUGGCUCCCGAUAUGGACCAGCCUACUCUCUAUACCUACGGCGGCAUGUGUGAGACACCCCAGUCCUCUACGACGAACUGGCAGAGCAAUGCCAACUACACCAAGACGAUGCUGAGGGUAGCGCCGAAUGACGGAGACACUUACACAUCGUAUAAAAUGAGCGUGGCAUCCAGCGGUGGACCACGAACACCAAUUGCCGGCUUUACACUAACUGGACUGACGCCCUCGAUGACCAAUAAGUCUGGCACCGUGACGCAGCAGAUGAGUUAUGUGUUGUUGGGAGGACAUACGAAGACGGCCUUUAUCAACAUGAGCACAGUCGCCGUAUGGAACUUGCCUGCCGAAACGUGGAGUUAUGUGAAUAUCCAAGCUCCAGACGGUGGCUUUCCAAAGUCGGAUCUUGCUGUCAAGGACACUAGCUCUCAGUCGAAGCGACAAAGCACGGCAGAUAAUGUCUACAGUCGUUCUGGACACACUGCGACAUUGAGCGAAGACGGAAGCUCGAUUAUCGUUAUUGGAGGUUGGGUAGGUGAUGUCAACACUCCCGCAGAGCCUCAGCUUGCUAUCCUCGAGAUGAGCGAGAUCUAUAGCGGAUGGCAGUGGAAGGUUCCGGAAAAGCAGCCCGAAUUUUCCGGCAUCUACGGUCAUGGCGCUGCAGUGUUGCCAGGAAAUAUGCUGAUGGUUUACGGUGGAUGGGAGACAUCCGGUUCUUCAAGUCGGAUCAAGCGCCAGGCUUCAGCAGGUUCACCUCGCUUCUACAACAUUACCUCCGGAUCGUGGGGAUCUAGCUAUACGAACCCCUCUUCUGGGUCUUCUUCCGAUCAGGAGAACAAUGCUCCAACAGAUGAUGACAAGGGAUCAAGCUCGAAGCGGGUUGGUCUUGGUCUUGGCUUGGGCUUUGGCAUCGCUGCUUUAAUUGGCAUCGUCAUCGGUGCUUUAUGCUGGUACAAGAGACGCAGAAAACACAUCAACAACCGAGACGAAGCUGUCCGAGCGCUAUCACAAGAUACCAACUACUACAACCAUGAAUACCCUGAGAUGGCGGAGAACGACCCUUGGGGACUCGAUAACAGUGCUUGGUAUGGUCGUGGUGACCCCUAUUCUGCUGGAGAGCGAUCACUCGGCUAUGAGUCGAUGAGAGGCGCUCGAAGUGGCAUGCCUGGACUUCAUAUCCCACACAAAUCUAUGCCAAGACCGUCUCGUGGAGGCUAUGUGCCCACAGGACCUCGGCCGGGAAGCUUCCCGGGACCUAUUCACCCGAUUUAUGAAGACGAAGAAGAAGAAAGCUACCAAAACCGAGGGCUAUACGAUCACGCCGCGACACCCACGUCAGAUGUCUAUUCGGACCCUUUCCAGACUCCUGUCACAGGUACAGGUCCAAAUGGCAUUCCACACCCUAUUUGCCUCACUCCUGGAGGAGGCAACCGAGCAUCAGCUACACCCAGCCCUGAAAACCCACGCCAUGAUCCUGAGGUUCAAGAUUGGGUGACCGAGGUUGAUGCUGCGGAGGGACUCCUCGCACGCAUGAACAGUCGACGAAGCCAACACCAAAAUACCCAGAAUGUCGAGGGUGUAGAAGGACAUGUUGCGCGUAUGAAUAGCCGUCGAAGCCAGAAUCAGGGAAGCUUCGGUCAUAGCCAAGGUCGUACUUCACCAUCGCGGCAUAACUCAAAUCGCUCAGCUGCUCUACGAGAUGAUGAAUCACGAAGCGGAUCUAACUUGUCUGAUUCGGCGAGAAGUGCCGCGGAGAGUAUCAAGGCCAAAGCACGACAGCUCAACCCCAUGGCUCCUGUAUUAUUAGCAGCUGGUGCUGAACAUCCCAAGCCUGGCAGUUCGUCUUCCGAUAGCUAUAACACUGCUCGCUCGUCGUUCCAUGCUCUUCAAGCCGAAGGACCUUCGCUCCUUAUGGGGGAUCGAGGCCAGCAGCGAUACGACGAUGACGAGCCUUCCUCGCCAUCCAAGUCAAAACCACGUCGAGGAUGGUUGGGUUCUUUCAGGAGAAUGUUUUCAGGGGCUAGUACCCCUACAUCCUCCCGCGAAGACAUGUCUGGCGUGCGACGUUCAUUUGAUCAAGAGCCUGUGACCGGAGAUUAUGAGCCCGGCCUUGUCGGUCUGCGUGGCGAGCUUCUUAGGCGGAAGCAGGGACGACAGGACUGGGAGGGUCUUGAUCCCAUACCUCGAGGUGCUAUGAUGUCUGGGGGUGCAGGGCCAGAGCCUGGAACUGAAUCUGACUGGGACAUUGAGAGGGCUGUGGAGCAGCGACUGGUUCAGGUCAUGUUCACUGUUCCUCGAGAACGAUUACGCGUUGUUAACGGCAACGAAGAGGGAAGUGAUCGUGAAGACGAGGACUUGAUGAGACCACAAGCAGCCGAAUUGGUCGAUCCAGAUGAUGAGACUGAUCUGUCAAGAGGCGACAGUAUCAGAGAGAAACAAAGGGAAGCUUCAUAUGACCAUCCCGCUCUACGGACUGUGGAAGAACCCCGAAGACAGGAGAAGGAUGAGAUGGACGAUGCUAUGGCUGAGAAGCAAGGGCUUAUGCAGGGUGAGGAGGAAGAACGAUUUGAGGAGGAAGAACGAUUAAAUGAGAAACAACGCUACGAAGAGAAGCAACAACUUCUUGAUGAGAAGCGUGCCGAGGAGAAGCGAGCUGCUGAAGAGGAGGCUCUCCAAGCACAGCAGAUGGAAGAAGAGCCUACGAAGAGAAAACUAUCACAUCAACCUCCACCACCCGAACAACCGACAUCAACAAUACAACAACCAAAACCCUCACAUCUCCAGCCCCAUCCUCUCUUCCAACGGCAGUCUCCUUCCGGCUCACCAUCGCCAUCCCCUUCCCCCUCGCCAUCUCUCAACCGCCCAAGCUUCCAGUCUCAACGCCAGGGGCGCAAGGACUCAAACAACUCAACGGACGACUUCCUCCUCCCUGAGUUCACACCACGAGACCAUCGUUUCUCACACUCAACAAAUCGCUCUUCUGGAGUCGUCAUGGAAGCACAAGCUGUUCCGAUAACAAGAGAACGAGCUAGGACGCGCGUCUUGGCUAUGGUGGAUAGCUUUGAGAAUCUAAGCCGUGAGAACAGCCCGAGUCCCACACGAUUCCAAUAG